AUGCUCGCCGAUCGACGCCCAAUUCUGGUGCCGGUCCCUCAGCAAUGUGGCCAUGACCAGUAUGCAAACUUUGUGGAGUACCUGUCAACGUGCCCUGGCAUGGAGCUCCAUCGAAGCACAGUUGUGGAUGUGGCGUGUACCCAGCCCAGUGAGGAUGUAUAUUCUGGCGACGUUCGCUUGCGACAGAGUGUCGAGCUGAAAUUUGGGGACUUUGUGGCGUAUUUUCAAGCCAAGGCGGCAGGCACUUCCCACUGGCUUAUGGACACAGAGAACGAUUUACACUUUUACUUGGCCCAAUGCCCUCUACUUUCAACGUCAACGGACGUCCCUGCUGUCUUGCCGCACCUGUUGCCCGCUAUGGCUUCCUUGAGGCCACCUAUUCUGGACAAUAUUCAACUGACCCAAAUCAAUCUGUGGAUGACGAUCGCAUCCAGUGACACGAGUGUCCAUUACGAUGCGUACGAGAACGUCCUCCAUGUUUUGCAGGGAACAAAAUGCGUGCGACUGUACCCCCCGUCGGCCACGCCAGUCAUUCAGGCCCACGCCAUCUACUCCAAGUCGUCCAACCACACCACCUUGUCGUUAGCGCAAACCAAGGCACUGCCACACUUUAUUGAGUUUGACGUUCAUGCCAACAUGGCGCUGUAUAUUCCUGAAGGCUGGUGGCAUCAAGUUCGGUCAGAACCGCUGACGGUGGCCAUGAACUAUUGGUUUGACGGGAUGCGGCCAACUCUGGUGGCGCAACCUGCCAUGGUUCCAUACUAUGCCAGAGUCCUGGUGGAAGACUUGGUGCGCACGGCUCGACUGAAGGCAGUUCAUGCGACCAUUGCACAAAGUCGCCAGCGGCUACUCAACAAAGGCGUGCUCGCUCGGCUCACUGGUUUAGGAGCGUGGAUGCUUUGGAAGCCUUUGUCGUGAACGCAAAGGGCGGCACGGACAAAGAAGAUGCUCUGCUCACGGCUCCCCCCACGCUGCUGUAUUCGUUGAUUCUCCGCUUGAGUGAACGCCAGCCAUCCGUUUGGUCCGCGAUGUUGGAAGAAGCGAGUGUGGAGUUGGUGGAAUUCCUCACCGACGCAUGGGACGACCACGACGCGCUGUCUCGCCACUCGAACGGAUCGUCCCCACCGGCGUACUUUGCUGCCGUGUUUGCGUGCUGUGACUUCGAUGUGCAAGAGGUUCUUUUGGCCAAAAAGGACGCCUUUGGACGACAAUCUGCACGCCACGUCAUGGCAUCGAUGUUUGGUUUCGAGUAAUAAUCUUGACGUUAUGCAGUGCCAUCAACUAGUGUAUGCCGUAUGCGUCGCCGUGUCGACCCCCCAUAUCUCAAAACCAUAUUCAACA